CAAAGAUGGCGAAACAUUGAUAACAAGAAGCCAUAUGUUCUUUAAAAAUAUGACUAUUUCGUGAAUUAGCUGCUGCUGCAAAAAACGUUUAGAAUCCAAAUAGAUUAAGUAAUUGUGACCGGUACAAAAAAAAAGAAAAAAACAAGGGCUUAAAAUGUCGGAGACGAGUGUUUUGCAUCAACGGAUAAGCUCCGUCAUGGACAUUCUAGCCUCCGCUGCCGUGACAGAGAUUUGCAAAUUAGUAGAGGAUUGUUGUGGAGCGUUAAGUGUAGAAGUCUCUCAAAGCAAAGAGCAAAUCAAAAUGCUAGAGAAGCAACUCAGCCUGACCGAGUCGAGGUACAUGUCGGUGAGUGGCAAAGGACAGACGCUUGUUACCAGUGGUUCAUCGAGAACCAACAAUCCUUCCGGCAAUUCCCCCGCGGCUGAUGAUGAAGAUUUCCAGCAAUUCAUUGUCUCUGAAGAGGAGUUUCCCCCUGAGCAGCAGCAUUAUAAGCAGGAUUGGAGCCCCAGUCUGGGGCAAUAUAAUUGGAACCCCAUACAGAUUAAAGAGGAAGACGAGGAAUUCACCGUCAUUCAGGAGGAGGAAGACUCUGUAUUCACUCCUGCCUGGGUGAAAAGUGACUAUGAUCAGUACCCAACUCAGUCCUCACAAACCCAAAGUGAAGAAUACAAAGACACAAUGGCCUCAACUGAAGACAAAACAGAACCGAAGGAAGACUAUUCCUCAGGGACAACCAGUGACUCUCAUCCCCAGUCCAAAUUGAAGAAGACAUGGACAGAAAAAGGACAAAGCUCGAAUGGUGGAAAAUCCAUGGAUCUGAAAUCUCCAGUGCAAAGAAGUCGCACAGAAGAUAAAUCAUUUUUCUGUAGUGAUUGUGGUGAAUGUUUCACUCAGAUGGGAACACUGGAUUCUCAUAUGAGGACCCACACACGGGAGAAGUUGUAUCACUGUCAAGAUUGUGACAAAGUAUUCACUCGGCUUGACCGCUUCAAAUUGCAUAGGAAGGCCCACACAGGAGAGAAACCGCAUCGCUGUGGUGAAUGUGGCAAAUGUUUUUCUCAAGUUGGAUAUCUGAACUAUCACAUAAAGACUCACACAGGGGAGAAACCGCAUCGUUGUCAUGAUUGUGGCAAAUGUUUUUUUCGAGUUGGUGAGCUGACACUUCAUAGGAGGAUUCACACAGGCGAGAAACCACAUCGCUGCCUGGUCUGUGGCAAAUAUUUUGCUCGUCCUAGUAAUUUGAGUAGUCACAUUAGGAUUCACACAGGGGAGAAAUCUUAUAGCUGUCAUCAUUGUGGCAAAUAUUUUCGUCAUAAAGGUAAUCUGACAACGCAUAUGAGGAUUCACACGAGGGAAAUCCCAUCAUUGUCGCUAUAGUAGCAGAUCUUUCAGAACUGGCGUUAGUCACAUGAGUUCAUAUGAGGAUAAUCACGAGCGAUAAACUAUUGCUGUCAGGAUUGUUGUAAAUAUUUCACUAAUUGUUUGAAUUGGCUGGGACAUCGGAAAGGAGAGACCACAUUACUGCCACGACUAGAAAAUAUUUCACGACUGCCUUUUUUUGACAUUGUGUAUGAGACAUUCACACGGGAGGAAUCUUACAAGCGUCUGUCAAAUGCUUAAGUGCCGAAAGUGCAUUGAAUUGUCUUCAGAAUACACACUGAGAAGAAACAAUAUAGGCUAAGUGAUGAUUGCUUCAAAACAAAAGCUUUAGCAGACACAGGGAGAGAAUGCACGGGAACAUGACUGUGCCCUGUGUAGGGAAGGGCAUCAGACAGACAAGUUACUAUUGUUCAUAGUUUUUAACUUGAUUAUAUUAGUCUCGUUUUAUAACUUUCCAUGUGAACCCUGCCAGGCAAUCACUGCACAACAUCUGUCAAAUAAUUGGUCAAAUGAUAGUGAUACAAUUAUCUUGAUCUGAUGAAAUCCACGUUGAUGCAAGCUGUAACUGAGUCUAGCUCAAACGGUCACUUAAACUGGUCCUAUUGAAUCCAGUAGGGACCAUUAGAUUCCAGUUCAGCCCACUAGACACCAGUAGCCAUUCUCUACCUGAACAAACCUAGAGAAUUGAUACAUUGUUUAUAUACGCAUGUAUAAUACCUACUUCGGUGUGUAGUUAUUGUGUGUUUAGCCCCCUAUUGAGUACUAUUGUCUUCCUUGUAAAUCAUGAUAAAACAUUAUGGAAAAGUUAGGGAAUGAUUUAUUGAAAAGAGUGGGAGCCCUGUUAAAAAAUAUUUAAAAAAUCAGAAUUACUUCGAGGUCCAUGUGUUUUAUAACUAGUAUAAGAUAUGUUGAUAAUACAAUCAUUCUAGCCUAUAUUAUUAAUUUGACAGUUUCACGUGACAUGACUAACUUUGAAAUAUUUACACUUGACCCGGAAGUGCUUCAUUACUCCUGUUGGCUUCACGGGUGACAGAACAUAACACAAGCUAGCCAUUGGCAUUAUCUGAAAAAUGUCUAAAUUGGAGUUGUUGAGAGUGAUUUUUAACCAGGUGCUGUGGAUGAGAUACUCAGAGCAUUUGCAAAAACGAUAUCAGAGUAACAGUUACCAGGACAACGUUUAUCUAUCGAAAGAGGACAACGGACGUCUACAGGGGCUGCUUGAAGUCAUCCUGAAAUCUGAGAUAAAGGUUUAUAGAGCAGGUUUGUAACUUUUUUUUCUGUUAUUCAACAUUCAUUUCAGGAACAUUGACAAUGUUGACGGUUUAAUUCAGUUAGUAGGAAGAUAGGCUACAUCUAGCAAGCUUACACUGGGUCACUAGCAGCCCGGCCUCUGCAUCAUUUAUAGCUUGAACAAGCGCUAGUGAUCGCUGCAAGGUUAUUAUAGUUUUGUGAUUUAAUAUUCAUUUUUUAUUUUGAUUAGAAAUAGUUAGUUUUUAGACUUGAUUUGCUAGUUUUUAUUUUGUUUGUUUUGAUAGAAAUGUUUAUUUCGUUUUUAUAUUUAGUAGCCUAUGUGUGGGAGGCCAGGAGACAUUUGUUGUUUUAGGAUGUCACUUCUGGGCGCUGUAAUAUAUACGUUGAUGGGCCUGGACCAUAGACAUAACAUCUCUGUGUCACGAUGGCAUCUGUGAGAGAAUGGGCAGUGCCGUUGAGGCCAUCUCAUCUAAAAAGUCAAUUUUCUUCUUCAUGAGUAAAAUUCAUAGGGUGAUUAUUCCUAAUGACCCGGCAUCAGGACUCCAACUGGAUCAUCAGGAAGGAACAGUCAAUGAAUUGGGACGUUAAUGAAAGCAAAAUGGUGAAAGUCCUCAAAAACACUGCCCAGGCUUUUAGCCAGUAGAGACGACUCCAUGCAACUUGACGGCUGGGACAUUGGUUUGGUUUCAAUUAUAAAACAAUCCGAAUGUGACUUUGAUUUAAAGGAUAAGCCCCUGGUGAAAGAACUCUUUCCAAAGUUUACACCAAUCCAAUGCCUUUUUAACUUUAGUAAUAGUUUGUUAGAAUAAUUAAGUUCCUUAACCUGACAGAGAGGAAAAAACAAAUGAAGGUCAUGGCACAUUUGACAUGCUAUGUUUAUGUAAUAUUAAACAUGUUCAGUGCAUUCGGAAAGUA